AUUGAGAGCCCUGAGAGCCCCUCAUUUUCUUAAUUAAUAAAAAUUCAUGACCUCAUUUUGGCUCCAACAGUACAGAUAACAUAGCAAUGGGUGUGACUGGUCCUAGGCAACCGCAAUCUAGUGGCUUGGAAUGUUUUGUUUCAUUCCUUAUUCCAAUGAAGACAUUUCCAGGCCUUCAUGUUGGGACCAUAUGCCUCAUUUCAUUCAUGGGGUUUACUACAAUACAGUUUUCCUUCUUCAAUUGGAUGCAUUAGUUAAUUUUUUUCCUGUUUAUGUACAUUCUGACUUCAUUUUAGCUUCUGGGUAUGUGUAUAUAUGUGUAUUUUCGUCCAUUUUUUGAGUUCAUACACCUGGUUAUUAGUAUUUCAUUCUUUGAUAUCUGGGAUUUUAGCAUUGAAUUUCAGGAGAGAAGGGCUUUUCUAUGGGAAAGUUUGACAAUUGGGUUGAUAUUUUUUGAGUCAAGAAAGAGAGAACAUGGAUUUGUGGGUUGUUGCAGCAGCUGCUGGUGCUGGGUAUUUGGCCAAGUACUGGCAGAACUUUUCAAACGAAAAGGAAGGGUCACUAUCAUUAUCUGGGGAGUCUAAACCCCGUAAUUUGCUGCAACAAAUACAAGAGCGGAAUGGCCCGUUUCGGAGAUUGAGGCAGAAACAAUUAGGCAUAGAUGAUAUUUUAGGUAGUGAAAACUUGGGAGAGAUUGGUGAUUUGGCUACAGGAGUAGCUUCUACUAAUGAUUUUGAUGGGAAGGGAAAGGCCGAGUUUUCUGGCAAUUCUGAUAAUUUAACAGAUGUCCUUACGACCCAAGAGACCAGAUUUAAGCGACACAAGGCUUUUAGAAGUAGAAGGCCUCUUGAGUAUUCUAUUAAGCCACUGGAUUCAUUAGAAAGUUGUGUCGCUUCUCAGCUGUAUAGGGAGCAUGAAAAUAUGAAUGAGUACGAAUUCAGCUCACUGCCAUCUCCAUAUACUCCUACAGUGAGACCGUUGUUGGCGACUGAUGGCAGCCGAGUAAUCAGCAGAGUUGGUGGUGGUUCUUUUAGAGCAGAGUUGCAGUUUGAAAGUGAGAAAAAGAAGCUUCAUAAGGGAGAUGGCACGCACUUGGAGGAAAAUGAGACACUUUUGGGGCUUCCACCACUACCAAGUAUUGGAUCAUUGCAGCUCCCUUGGAAAUUGAAACAAAAUGUCAGAAAGGGGAGGGUUCAAAGAUCGAGCAGUCCUGGUAUAAGAGCAUCUAGUGAAGCAUUCCAUUCACAAGGAUCACCCAACGGGAUGUUUCUUUUCUUUCUUGGAAUCACUAUUGGUGUAAUGGCCACUUUGGUUGCCAGUAAGAGAGAAGUGGACAAAUUAAAUGAGCAGUUAAAGCAGACUGAGAACUUGGUUGAGGAUUUACAUGAGGAGCUUGAAAUGAAAGAUUUUCUCACUGUCAAAGAUCUCACAAAUGAGGGUUUUGAAUCCAUGAAAACUAAUGAUUGCUCCUUCAACAGUGGGAUACCAACUUCUGUGUCACUUGAACAGGAAUUCAAUCGAUCUACCAAAUUCAACGCCAAAGAGCCGGACAAUCAGAAUACAGAGAACUCUGAAUUGAUUAGUAAAAUUGAGGCGGAGCUUGAAGCUGAACUGGAGAGGUUGGAGCAGAACAUGAAGGCAUCGUCUAGUUUGGAGAGACUAUCGGAUUUUGUUGGGCUUGAUCCUGACUUCAUCGCAGAUGUGGUUCAGGGAGAGCUGAGAGUGGACACCCUUAACAGGCAACCUGGUGAGCAAUCAGACUCGGACCUUGAUGUAAGUGGAUCCUCAACCCAUCAUUCUGCAAACUAUGCAGUAUCACCUCGGGAGCUGAGCUUGCGUCUCCAUGAGGUAAUCCAGUCAAGGCUUGAAGCACGCAUCAUAGAGCUCGAGGCAGCUCUUCAAAACAACCAGAAGAGGCCACACUCCAUGCGACAAGAAAGCAUAAUCUCUACGAGGGAAUUGUAUAGUGAAGUAGGAUCUUUAUCAACCCAGGAAAGCCCAAUCUUUAUGGAUGAAGGCACUAACCAUCCUAUGGUUAUAAAUUUGUCAGGGGAAACCCUAGAAGCAUACAAUGAGGCUUGUGAAGAGAUCAGCAAGAUGCUUAGAACAGGUGAAGAGGUUCCACCAGAGACUAUAUAUAAUACUGACCAUAUCAAGGAGAUGCACCCAUUUGAUAGAGAACUAUCCCUAGGUGGGAAUGGUGGGAAUGGUGGAUCCAUCAUGCAUCAAGAUAUCACUGGAGAGAGAUGGUUGUCGAGAAAUUUGGUUUGUGAUAUGAUCAGGUCUUGGGAAGAACGGACGUCAAGGAGCUGGGGAUCAAAUGAGGUUGGUGAGAGUGAGGAUGAUGAAGAAGAUGAGAUGGGAAAGCUUUUGAUAAAGCAGAUUGUGGAAAAAACAAGGCAAGGUUCUGCUGCAGUUUUACAUGCUCAAAGGAUGUUGUAUUCUAUGAAUGACCAAUGAUAUAUGAAUGAAAAGCUCUCUGCCAUUCACUUAAUUUUCAACCUUAGAACAGAAACACACACAAAAAAAGAUCAUUGAUAAAUUGAGGGCCAAGAUCAAUGCACUGUCUGAAAAAACAUGUGCCGUUCUUCUGUAAUUUAAUUGACAAGAAGGAUACUGUUACAGUUUCCUGAGAAUUUGAUUUGUUCUUUAUCUGUGUCUA